UUCAUGGGACUCCUCUACCCGGAGGUUUGUUAGAAAGACGUUUAAGACGCAGCUGCACUCAAAACUCCGACAAUCCUCCAGUUAGGAUCCACCAAACUUAUUUAAAACACACCUUUCUCAAGAUGCCAGUGGCUGUAGGUCCGUACGGCCAGACCCAGGCCAGCUGUUUUGACCGGGUCAAGAUGGGUUUCAUGAUGGGGUUUGCAGUGGGAAUGGCUGCUGGCGCCAUGUUUGGCACUUUCUCCUGUCUCAGGAUCGGCAUGCGUGGCAGGGAGCUGAUGGGAGGAGUGGGGAAGACCAUGAUGCAGAGCGGGGGGACGUUCGGCACCUUCAUGUCCAUCGGGAUGGGCAUCCGCUGCUGAGGGGGGGCGAGGAACAGCCUCCUCCACACAAUCAUACAGCUACGGGACUUUUCCAGUAAUUACAACAUCACCUGCUCGAUGCGUCACACUCUCCACCGACAGUCUAGUUCUGCCAAUAAAAGUUCAGAUUUCUCAAAUGGUUUUCAGAGUUGACUUUCUGACGCAAAUCUCAUCUCGAAGGAUAUUUGCACGUGCAGACAAAGCACACUUCUUCUACAUCGCUACGCUGGUCUCUCUCGCUACACAUUAGUGCAGCUCUACAAAGAGUCUGACAAAAACUCAAGUUUAGUCCAAAUGCAUGAAACUGGUCGAGUCAAACACCGAGCAGUAACUGAGUAUCUGUGUUUACAGGUCCGGUGCGAACGUGCGCCGAUAUUUACAGACGCUGUUAGAGUACUGUGUGUACAGAGUCGGGAGGGCCAGGAACCCAUACCAAGUAACUUGAUUACCUCAGAACCAAAUAUGCAGAUGAAGAGAAAACAAAAUGCUGAAAUGAUUGUGUCUGAAGUACUUCACAAUACAGUGCAAGCUCUUCAUCAUCAUCAUCCCAAUACUGUUGCACAUUAAAGACGCCAGAUGAGCUUGAAGCAGCUCCAGCAGCCAUAAAUUAAACCCACAUGCAGAUCUCUUGUUUUGUGUUGAAUCGUUGGGACGCUUCUGCAAAAAGAGUAAUGUUGAACUGUAAGCGUGCAAAGCGUCCUGCGUUGUCUCGCACUGUACUGUGAUGCUGUUUCCCUUUUCUGCUUAAACUAAUUAAACUGUUCAACAUUAGAG